AUGUUUGGUGUUUUUCUACUGCUCAUGCUGAUGAGCAUUGUGUCAACAUCUGUGCCAGCAGUUCCAAAUACCCAGUACAGUAAUUGGCUCCCAUUUACUGAGGAGAGGAGCAACUAUGUAAUCGAGCUGGUGGAGGGCGAAAGGUUCCAGAUCAAGACUGACAAGAAGAUAGAUGAUGAUAACGAUAUCCGAUGGAUGAUGAGAGGACCAGAAACAACCGCUAACGAAGUCAUCGGCGACAAAUCCUCGAAAUCAGACGAUGCACAGUCUGUAGCCAUCUGUCCGACAGGUUACGUUGUAACGCACUGUGAAGCCCAAUCCGGUAAAGUACAUGAUGAGUGUGACGGGGUAUUUGUGAAGCCUGAUGACGGUAGAGUGUGUGUUGCAGUUAAUGGUGAUAGAGGUUCUGGUGCGGUCGCUAGAGCGGUGUGUUCACAGUUGGAACAGAUUGCCGACCCCUGCAACGGUCCUAACCUACCCAAAUACCGGAACCUCCACUCCAGAGGACACAGUCCAAGUCUUCAGUGUCCCGCUGGUUACGGACAGAUUCUGUGCAAUGCACAUAGCCCAUGGAGGGGAAGGUUAAGUGGUCAGAAUGUUGAUGAUAAGGGAGUGAUUCCAAACGACGAAGAUUGUGCUCUUCCGGACUGUGGAGGUGACCAAUGGUGUGAGGUCACUUCCGUCUGUCAGCUCAUCGAGGAUUCAGAAGCGUACGCUUCAGCAGUGUGUAGUACCUGUGAUGGAUACCACUGUGGAGAGGGUGAGGAGUGUGUCAUGAUGGACAUGUCUCCGACGUGUGUGGAGAAGCAAACUGGUUGCGAUGAUACUGACAGGUGUGGAGAUAAGGGUGUGUGUGUACCAAUUGGUAAUGAUGAUUAUGAGUGCAAAUGCGGGAAGGGCUACUUUUUCAGCUCCGGCUCUUGUAUCCUUGUCCAGAUGAGAGCUCACAGUGCUGAAGUAAAAUCCGGUACAGCCACCACUAUCUCCUGUGUGAUAACAGGAAUUACAAGUCCAAUAACUGUGGAAUGGCUGGAAUCAGGUACUGUUAUUUCAGCUGACUCUAACUACACUCAAAACCCUGGAACAAUAGAAAACAACAGUCAGACGGCUACGCUAGAAGUAAAGGGAGCUGAUGUUAUCGAAGAUAAAACUUUCAUUUGUCGAGUUCUCUUCCCUGGAUCUUUACAGUACGAGAAUAGAAAGGUCCAACUCAAUAUUUACGAUGUUGCGGUAAACGACGCUGAAGUAAAAUCCGGUACAGACGCAACUAUUUCCUGUGUGAUGAAAGGUAUAACAAGCUUAGUAAAAGUGGAAUGGGUGGGGGCUCAUGGAGAAGAUAACAGCUACACUCCAAAAUCUGGGACAUUGGAUGGCGACAGUCAGACAGCUACCCUUGAGGUUACGGGAGCUGCUGUUACAGAAGAUAGAACUUUCACUUGCAGAGUCACAUCUGGACAGUUUCCCGAUUCUCCAUAUUCUGACACAUAUGUAAUGAUGACUGUAUACGCAUGUCAAAAGGACCAGUACUCUCAAUUCAAUUUUGAAACCACUGGUCACACUAUGAAAGAAGGAGGGACUGUGACGGUCACCUGUGCUGCUGGUUACAUCCCAUCUUCUGACACAACUACUAGUACUACUGCAACUUGUGGUGCAAGUGGUCAUAUGGAAUUCAACGAUAUGUCGUUUGAAUGUUUUGAUGAAAAUAGUUGCAAAGUAAGAGAACAAUUGCCACAAGACUUGGAGUUUAAUGUAACUAAAGAUAUGUGGUCUGACGGAGAAACUGGUGUAAUCAGUUACAAGUGUGAAACAGGUUUUAUAAAGACACAAGCAGCAAGAUGUACCGAAUGGAAGUGCGAAGGUGGAAAUGUUAAGUGUACAGAACCGGAAGAUGAAUAUGACAAUAUCAUCACAGAAGUAGAAUUCUGUAAGAUCUGUCCACCAAAGACAUAUCAUGACUCAGACAACAAUAUUUGUGAAAAUUGUCCAGUGGGCCACAAGUCUGGUUACGGGUUUGAAAAUUGCUUCAGUAAGUAUUUCUAA